CCGAAUGCUCAGUAACAAUAUUCUUUGAUACGUGUCGCGGGCGAACGGCGCCCCCUCUCCGCGUUCCUUCCGCCCUUUAUGCCCCUUUAUUAAGCCACAGGCAGCGGCUGCGAUGUCUACCCCAGCACGGAGGCGCCUCAUGAGGGACUUCAAACGGUUGCAGGAGGAUCCUCCGGCCGGCGUGAGCGGAGCGCCCUCAGAGAACAACAUCAUGGUCUGGAAUGCGGUUAUAUUCGGGCCCGAAGGAACCCCUUUUGAAGAUGGUACUUUUAAACUUACAAUAGAAUUCACAGAAGAAUACCCAAACAAGCCACCCACAGUUAGAUUUGUUUCAAAAAUGUUUCAUCCAAAUGUCUAUGCAGAUGGCAGUAUAUGUCUGGAUAUACUGCAGAAUCGCUGGAGUCCAACAUAUGAUGUGUCUUCAAUUUUAACAUCUAUACAGUCUUUACUGGACGAGCCAAAUCCAAACAGCCCAGCCAACAGUCAGGCAGCACAGCUGUAUCAGGAGAACAAACGGGAAUAUGAAAAGCGGGUAUCUGCAAUAGUGGAACAGAGCUGGCGGGACUGUUGACCUUGCCUAGUGCCUACGAACACUGUCAGGCCAUGCGAAUCAUGAAGCAUUCUGAGUCCUCCUCGUUCUAGCAUCAUCGCAUUAUUUUGCAAGCUAAACUGCUACACUGCUGCCACCCGUUUGAAGCCUCUCCCCCUGGACGUUGAGUCAAAACAGAUGUCGAAGUGCAUGCACUGUACCCAGGGCACCUGCCAAGGAACUUAUAAUUUCACGUUCUUCUAUCAUCAUCCGCCUUUUCCUGAUGGUUUUUCAUACUGUCUGGGCAGUAUCAGGCACAUAAUAAAGGUGUGCUGUAACAAAUGUUAUUUGCAUUGCAUAUUUUGUGCAGGUUUUGUGUGUUGCCGAGUGAAUGGUUUUUCUCGGUGGGAAGACGCUCAUCUGCCCUCACCAAAAUCCAGCAUAUCAGUGAGAAGUUUAAAUUGCUGUUGGGUUAAUGUCACUUCUGUUUAAAGUAGAUGUGUGCCUCUUCUGAAGCCAGCACUAUAGUUCUCAAGUAAAAAAGAAUUCUUACUAGAAGGUGCUAGUCUAUGUAUUUAAAAAUCAAUUUUUUGAACCUUUUUGAAUAAAUGUCCAGGGUCCUGGAGCUUAGCAGGGUGGUCACUUCUGUGACGGUUUCUAGUUCUGUUGAGUGUAGGUGUGUGAGCUGUUGCUGCAUGCUUUCUUUUUUUUCCUUCCACUGAACUAAAUGAAGUGCUUUUCACUUUAUCGAGAAUUACAGACAUCGGCAAUCCAUUAGUUAUGUUAGACCAAACUUGUAUAUUCAGCUACCUAAUGCAGUGAUGUGGGAAAUGGGAAGAGACCCCUGUACCUUGUAUUGUCUGAUGUUCAAAGUACUUUUUUUCUGCACAUUAGUCUAUUGAAGUGACAGUAUAACUUUGCACUAUAGUAACCCAUGUAAGAAACUGUACAUUUUCUCACUACUUGUAAAUAAAAUUAUAAACUUAA